CGACGCAAUCGGACCGGCUCUUCAGUCUUCACGUUUUCGUGUAAACGUUCGUAACUGAACAACUAGUUUCGCGAUUUUUUUCGUCCAAUAUGGAUGAUGAAAAUGAAAGAUUGGAAGAAGACUUUUAUCAGUUCCUCAAUUUACCAAGAGAUGCUCCACAAGAAGAGAUAACAAAUGCUUACAGAAGGCUGAGUCGCAUCUAUCAUCCAGAUAAACAUACAGAUCCCCUCAGAAAGAAGGAAGCUGAAGUGUUAUUCAACAAAACUAAAAGAGCAUACGAGGUUCUGAGUGACCCCCACAAGCGAGCCAUUUAUGACAGCUUGGGAACCAAAGGGCUUGAAACUGAAGGAUGGGAAAUUGUACAAAGGACAAAAACUCCACAAGAAAUUAGAGAGGAGUAUGAGCUCCUUGCUCAGCAAAAAGAAGAGCGCCGGCUCCUCCAGAGGACCAAUCCUCAAAGCUCCAUUACCGUCAACAUUGAUGCCACUGAACUCUUCAGUUCUUAUGAAGAUGCAUAUGAUGAUGAAUUUGGACCUCCUGGUGAUUUUUUUCCAUCUAUUGUGGUCAAAGGCAUGAACUUUUCUCAGUCUAUUCAAGCACCUCUCACCUUAACUGACACAGCUUACUUGUCUGGUGAGCUUUCAACACACAAGGGUUCAGGUUCUGGUUCAGUAAAUGUGUCAUUGAGAAGAAUCACUUCUCCUGAUGGAUGGGCAGAAGUUGACUUAGGAUUCGGUAACGGUCUUUCUUUUUCUGCCAAGGGAUUCCGCAAUCUGACUAAACGGAUGUUUACAAAUAUUUCUGGAAUCCUAACUACCACUGACGAAGGCUUGAGUUUUGGCUUUGUGUCAACAUUGGCACAUCAGCUAGAUAAAAAUACGGUCGGUUAUCUAACUUACAAAAACUCACAGUCUAGCUCGAUGAGCACAAGCAUAGUAAAAGAGACUACAACAUAUAGGACACAAGUAAAUUUUGUUCUUGGAAUCCCGCACUCGUUUAUUUCAAUGUCCUACUGCCACAAACUUGAAAAGCAUGAAGGGAGAUUACGAGCAACUGUCAAAGCCGGAACCUUUGGAGCUAUGUUAGAAUAUGGUCUUCAGCGUAAAGUAUCACAGCAUAGUUCACUAGCAGUUUCAAUGACAGUCGGAGUUCCGACUGGCGUAAGACUAAAGAUAAAAUUACUUCGAGGGAACCAAAUUUACGCUUUUCCUAUUCAUUUGUGUCAUGAAGUGCUACCAAGCCCAAUAUUUUAUGGAACUGUUACACCAAUGAUUGCAUGGAUCAUCGUCCGCCGCUUGGUCGUGGAACCUUACAUGCAACAACAGAAAGUCAAAGAUAUAGAGAGACAUCGAGCUAUGCAUCACGCCCAAAUGCUAGCUCGUCGGAGAGAAGCCGAGAUAUCCAUCGAUUUAAUGAAAGAAACAUUUAGACGGAAUGUCGAGGACGAAGAAAACAAGAAAGGUUUAAUUAUCACAAAAUCGAUUUACGGUCGGUGGUUAGAUCUAAGCCACCGUGAUCUCGGCGAUGCCAUCACCGACGUUACCAUCCCGCUCCAAUGCCUAGUCAGGGAUUCUAAGCUUAUACUUCAAGAGGCAUCUAAGUGCCAGCUUCCAGGUUUCUAUGAUCCAUGCAUGGGAGAAGACAAGUCCUUAUAUGUACAGUAUUCCUUCCAUGGAGUUCCACAUGAAGUAACAAUCCAAGACACAGACCCUCUGCGGAUACCCAAGCAGUCUCACAGGAAACAGCUCUGAAACGACAAGGCAAUAGAUAACAUUUUAAAAUGAUGAUGAUGGACUAUCAGUAGACAUUACAAGUGUUGAUUUAAUCUUA